CCUCUGCACGAAGUGGAACAAAAAUUGACAAAACUAACAAAGAGUACAGUCCGCGGAAAACAUUCAAUUAAUAGCAAAAAGAAAUAUAUAUAAAUAUAUGUAUAUAUUUAUAUAUAUAUAAUCUAAUUUUCUCAUAUAUAUAUAUUCCCCAAUACAUACAUAUAAACGUAUAUAUCAUUUUGCCUGUAUAUAUGUAUGUAUGUAUGCGCGCAAAAUAUAUGUAUUUAGUGUACGCGAAAGAAAUACGAUUUUGUCAACUAAAAAUAGUGCCUAAAUUUUGAAAUUAUUAUAAUUUUUUGUUAAUAACGACGACACAACGCUGCUAAACGACGAAAAUAAAAUCAAACCACUUUCAAAAACCAAAUCCAAAUAGAAGAAAUUAUAAUAAUUUACAAUACUAAAUAUCAAUCAACACACACACACACGUACGCAUGUUCGAGUUAAGAGUUUAAAGAAAUAAAGAAGAAGCGAGAGAGAGAGAGAGAGAGAUCGCAACGGCCAAAGUAAUUAGAUUCGAGCGUAUUUGAAAGGCAAUCGAAAGAUGACUUUCACGCGAUUAAAAACUCUGACAUUGCUCGUGUGUACGUUGCUGGCACUCAGUUUUCCCGGAUAUGUGAAUUGCGCUAACAAAAAAGGAUCCUCAUCAUCGUCAUCACAGCCAGCGGCGGCGGCGCCGCUUGAACCCGAGGCCGUCAUCGAGGAGGUCAAUGCCAAGCAAUUGGAGAAACUGUUGGCCGACAAGGAUUACGUUGCUGUCUUCUGGUAUGCGCGAAGCUGCGUGACCUGUGAUAAGGUUUUAGCGGAACUCGAAAAAAUUGACGAUGACACCGAUUCAUUUGGUGUGGACUUUGUGAAAAUUAACGACAAACGACUAGCUAAACAAUAUGGCAUCAAGAACUUCCCCGCGCUCACCUACUUCAGGGAAAAGGAGCCAAUCAUCUACGAUGGCGAUCUUAUGGAUGAGGAGGGCGUGCUCGAUUUUCUGACAUCGCUGGAGGCCAUGGAUCUGCCCGAUCGCAUCGAGGAGGUAAAUGCCAAAAUCCUGCACAAGAUUAUCGAGGAUACCGAUUUUGUAGCCGUGCUAUUCUGUCCCGAUCAUGAAACAUGCCCACCCAGGGUAAUGGAUAAACAGCAAUGCCGCAAAUGCGCCAAGGCUCUGCAAGAAUUGGAGAAUAUCGAUGACGAGGCCGAUCAGCUUGGCAUCGGUUUUGUCAAGAUACACGACGAGGCCUUGGCCGAUGAAUACAACUUGGGCAAUCUGCCGGCAUUGGUCUACUAUCGCCACCAGACUCCGAUCAUCUAUGAAGGUGAACUGCAACGGGAGGAGGAUGUCUUGGAAUGGUUGGUCCAGAAUAAAUCGACCGGCGAUGAGGAUGAUGUUAUCGAGGAUGUCACAUCCAAGACGCUGUCAACGCUGAUCAGCAACAUUGAUAAUUUGGUUGUGUUAUUCUAUGAUCAUGGCAAUGAUGAUUCGAUGACCGUGUUGGAAGAGCUAGAACAAAUCGACGAUGACUGCGAUAAGCAUGGCAUUCAGUUUGUGAAAAUUGAUGAUGCCAAGGCGGCAGGCGAUUACGGAAUCGAUUCGAUUCCGGCAAUUGUAUACUUUGAAAAAGAAAUUCCAAACGUUUACGAUGGCGAUCUCAUGGAUGAGGAACAGAUACUGAAAUGGUUGUUGGGACAGUUGGAACGUGAUGAAAUCGAGGAUGUCACCGACGAAAUGCUCGAUACAAUGAUUAAAGAAGGACGCGUCAUUGCAGUGCUGUUCUACGACAACAACGACAAGAAAUCGCAAAAGGUGCUCGAAGAACUUGAGAACAUUGACGACGAAUGCGACGCUUUGGGCAUUACUUUCGUGAAAAUCGACAAUCCCGAGGAGGCCGUUGAAUAUGGCAUCAAUAAAGUUCCUAAACUGAUAUACUUUGAAAAAGGCAUUCCAACCAUAUACGAAGGCAAUCUGGAGGAUGAGGAGAAGCUAUUGAAAUGGCUCGAAGAGCAAACGAGUUCCGAUCAAAUCGAAGACAUUACCGAUGAAAUGUUGGAUUUGAUCAUUGAGAAAAUGCCGCACGUUGCUGUGCUCUUCUAUGAUAAAGAUCAAAAGAAAUCACAGAAAAUCCUCGCAGAAUUGGAAAACAUCGACGAUGAGUGCGAUCAGAAUGAUAUUGCUUUUGUCAAGAUCGAUGACGAUAAGGAAGCCAAAGAAUGGGGUAUCGAUGAGAUACCAUCGAUUGUACUCUUUGAACGUGGUAUUCCACAUAUCUACGAGGGUGAUCUGAUGAAAGAGGAUGAACUACUCGGCUGGCUGGUGCAUCAAAAGCGCUAUUCCGAAAUUCCCGAAGUCACCGAUGAAAUGAAGGACAAACUGGUCGAGAACACCGAACACUUGGCUGUCAUCUUCUACGACAAGGAUGACAAGCAGGACAUGCGCAUCUUGAACGAGUUGGAGAACAUUGACGAUGAACUCGAGAAGGAGGGCAUCGUCAUUGUGCGCAUCGAUAACGCUGCCGAAGCCAAGGAAUAUGGUCUCGAUCAUUUGCCCGCUCUGAUCUACUUCGAGAAUAAGAUCCCCGCUCUGUAUGAGGGUGAUUUGAUGAAUGAGGACGAGGUCCUGGAAUGGCUGCUGGUGCAGAAAAAGACAGCCACCAUCGAGGAGGUUACCGAUGAGAUUCUGGUCAACUUGAUCAAUGAACACGAGUACGUUGUUGUCUUCUUUACGGGUCCCUGCGAACCGGGCGAGACUUGCGAUCACACGCUCAAUGCCCUCGAGAGCAUCGACGAUGAGUUGGAUGAGGCUGGCAUCAUUUUUGUUACCACCGAGGAUACUGGCAUCGCUAAGAAAUAUAACGUGAAAACCUAUCCACGACUGGUGUUCUUCCGCAAUCGUGAUCCAUUGCACUUUACCGGCGAUUUGGAUGAUGAGGACGAAGUGCUCGCUUGGAUCACCGAUGACGAAACCCUUGAGAUUCCCGGUAAAAUCGAGGAGGUCAAUGUCAAAAUGUUGGACAAGAUUUUGGCCGAAAACGAUCAUGUGGUUGUGUUCUUCUACGCCGAGGGUGACAAGAAGGCACAGAAGAUCCUCAACGAAUUGGAGAACAUCGACGAUGAAUGCGAGGAAAAAGACAUCGACUUUGUAAAGACAUCCGACGAUGAUAUCGAUAAGGAAUACGAUUUGCCCGGUUUGCCGGCGCUUGCAUUUUAUAGACAUAAGUUUAGAACAAUUUACACCGGUGAUCUGAUGAAGGAGGAGGAAAUUCUUGAAUGGGUUAUCGAUUUGCACGAAUCAACGGCUGAUGUUAUCGAAUCGGUGGAUCGCAAAACACUGCAAGUCUUGAUCAACGACGUGGAACAUCUCGCUGUUUUCUUCUAUGAUGAUGAAUGCGAAUCGUGUGGUGGCAUUCUGGAGGAAUUGGAGAACAUCGAUGAUGAUACCGAUAAGCAUGGCAUUCAGUUUGUCAAAUCGAACGAUGUGAAGUUGGCCCACGAAAUUGGCAUUUUCGCAUUCCCCGCUUUGGUCUACUACGAGACAGGCGUUCCGAUCAUGUAUGAUGGUAAUCUCAAAAAUGAAAAUCGUGUGCUGCAGUGGUUAAUCAAUCAAAAGAGCAACGAUGACGAUGGCAGUGAUGAGAAAAUUGUUAAAUUGAGCUAUCCUAAAGAAAGUGAUGUGGAUAAAAGACAAAGAUUAAAGCGUCUGCAAAAAACGAUACGAAAUGAAAGAUUACGAAAACAUUCGCGAAAUGACGAUGACGAUGACGACGAUGAGGACAACGACGAUGACGAUGACGAUAACAAUAACAAUGACGAUGACGAUGACGACGGUGACAAUGAUGAUAAUGACGAUGGUGAUAAUGAUAAUGACUUUGAUGACGACGAUGAAGACAAUGACGAUGAGGAUGAGGAUGAUGAGGACAAUGAUGACGACGAUGACGAUAACAAGGACGACGACGAUGACGAUAACAAUGACGAUGACGAUGAUGACGAUAACAACGACGAAGAUGAUGACGAUAACAACGAUGACGAUGAGGAUGAUGAUGACAACGAUGACGAUGACGACGAUAACAACGACGACGAUGAAGAUGAUGAUGACAAUAAUGACGAGGACGACGAUGACGACGAUAAUAACAAUGAUGAUGAUGAUGAUGAAGAUGACGAGAACGGCGACGAUAACGAUGAUGAUGACGACGAAGAUGAUGAGAAUGAUGACGAUGAAGAUAAUGAGGAUGACGAUGAAGAAAAUGACGAUGAAGACGAUGACGAUAACAAUAGCAAAAACAAUAACGAUGACGAGGACGACGAAGACGACGAUGAAAAUAAUGAUGAUGAAGACGAGGACGAUGAAGAAAAUGAUGAUGAUGACGAUGAUGAAAAUAAUGACGAUGAAGAUGAUGAAAAUAAUGAUGAUGAGGACGAUGACGAUGAAGAUAAUGACGACGAAGACGACGACGAUGAUGACGAAAAUGGCAAUAAAAAUAUUGAUGACGACGAUGAAGAAGAUGAGGACGAUGACAAUAACAAUGACGACGACGAUGACGAUAACGAUGACGACAAUGACGAUGACGAUGACAACAAUAAUGACGACGAUGAUGAAGAUGAUAACGAUGACGAUAACGAUAACGACGAUGACGAUGACAAUGACGACGAAGAAGAAGAUAUCAGCAAGCAAAUAUAUAAGCACAGAGCUAAAGGCAGAACGAUACAUCGGCUUUCUGAUCUAUGCGCGGGUCAUGUCAUAGAUGAAAUAGAUGACGAAUGUUUCUAUGUUGGAUUGGGUCACGACGGCCAUUCAGCUAAGCGCGGCAACAAUUUUGUGCCCAACGAUUACAAACCAUUCCAAUGCUGUCCAACCAAAUUGGAGAAGUCAACGAAAGUUCCUAAAAUGACGGCCCAGCGCAUCGGACACGACGGCGACGCCAGCAAUCGUCAAGGCGGUGGCAACUUCAAAUUUGCCGCCUCAUCGAGCACCUCUGCAAGCAAACCUGCCUCGAAGCCCGUCGCCUCCAAGAAGCAGGCGUCUAAGCGCAACAAUGACGAUGAUGAUGACGACGACGAUGAUGAGGAUGAUGAUGAUGAUGAUGAGGAUGUGCCAUUGGUGAAGGUGUCGUAUGCCAACAAGCGUUCGGGUCAAUCGACAAAGAAGCCCAUCCCGAAGCUGCAGCAGCAACAGGAUGAUGACGAAUCCGUCGAGGUGGAAAAGCCUAAGACUAAAUCAUCCAAGAAGUCGGGAAAUAAGCUGAAUGUUAAAACCGGCAUUAAUUUUUUCCAAAAUCGACUAAAAAAUUUGUAUGACCUCAUUUUUCAGGAUAUCUCUCUGUGGGAGUAAGGCAACAAUUUUAAAUCUCACAAAACAAAAACAAAAUCAAUACCAAAAUCAAUUCAAUUCAAUAGAUAGCAAAGAAACAAAAUCACUAAAAAUGAAUGAGAUUGAAUGAGAUUGUAUGAAACUUAAUGAUAUGCAAUAAUUAAAGUAUCACGUAUACGCACUGUUGUCAUGUUGCCGAAACCCAAAUCAAACAAUGUGAAUAUUAACAACAACAACAACAACAACAACAUGUCUAAGAUCUAAGCACAAUUCUGUUGUAAAAGCCUCGAAAAACAGGUUUCUAUGUAAUUUAUAAGAUCAUAAUGUCUGAUUUCUGAUUGUCAUUAAAUUUAAGAGCAAAAGACAACAAAAAUAACAACAAAACAACAACAAGAAUGAGAGAAAGAAGCACAUAUUGUUAUUAAGCUAACUCAUUUGGCUGUGUAAUUAAUGCAAAUUCGAAACAUUUAAAUGAGUUUUGCCAGGCGAAAUGCGUCACUUUAAUAUUAAAUAUUACUCAUACGACACGCACAACAUCAUCUGGAAUGUAAAUGUUAAUAACACAAACAAUCAACGAAACCGUACUCUUUGUUCCACAAGUAAUGCAGCGGUUAAUGCAUCGAAUUCGAAAUGCCAGCUAAUUUAUUUCAAAAUUACGCUCGGCAUCGCAACUCAAAACUAUAAAUAACUAAUUCACACAAUAUUUUGUUUGAAAACUAAACGUUAACUCGUAACUUUUGGUACUUUUGCACUUUUUGACUAUUUUCUGUUGAGGCUGCCUCUUCUUUCACAAUGUAAACUAUCGUAACUAAAGCAAACUAUAACUUAACUAAAAAAAUUUGUUGCAUUUUGUCAAUGGAUAUCAAACGCGCAAAACAAACUUUGUUCAAAUUUAAAGCAAUUACUGCAACAACAAACUUACUAUUAACACACAAAAACCACAAAAAACAACAAAAAACUAAAAAAAAAAAUGGAAAAAUAAAUAAGAAUUUAUAGAAUACUCUAAGCAAUUGUCACAUGGUAAUGGGUAUAACCCAUUUAAAGUGUGCAGAGGAGUAUAUAAAAUAAUAUUUUCAGAACUUCAGGUCUCUAUAUUUAGCUAAUAAUGAAUGAAGGAAAUUUUUGUAAUUAACAAACAAACGAGAAACGAGAAUCAAGUCAAUAACUUUUUGAUACUACUUACUACUUUUUGUUACAAUAUACAAUUUACAUAUGUAUAAGUCUAAAACAAUACAAAAACCAUGAAGCGAUAAAUAUUUUUUAAACAAUUUUACAAAAGUGAAGCGCAAACUGCAAAAAAAAACUUCUUACUACUAUUUACAUACAUAGCCUAACUUUACAUACAAACAAAUACAUUUGAUUCUUUGUUGUUGUGGCAAUUUAAAUACAAAGAAAUUAAGCAAAGCAAAAUAUGAAUAAAAUAAAAGAUGAAUACAUCCAACAAAACAAAACUCGCAAAUACUCAUACAACUACAGUUCGUAUACUUAAUAUUAUGAAUGGCUGGCAAACUCUCUCAAUGGCCUCGCACAUGUAAAUGCUUUGCCAUGUUUUCUUUUUGAUUUCAUUUCACGUUUUUUUUUCCUUUGUAUAUUUUUCUGCCGCUUCCGGCUAACUGUUGAUUUGUUAUCGAUAUUUGCAAAAUAUCGAAUGCUAUUUUCUAAUUUUGUAAGUCUUUCUGAUAAACUGAGAGUCACAAUCUUUUUUCUAAGAAUUUUUAUUAAAUCUUAUUGUUGUUGAACAGCAGCUGUAAAGAUCAAACUGAAAACAAAAACAAGAAGAAACUCAAGCAAUGUAUUUUGUUAAAGUUUUUAACUUUAUAUAUUUUAAUAUUUUACUUAAAUGAACAAUUAAGCAAUACACAAAAUUUUUGUAAAAGAAUUGAACAAAUCAAUUGUAAAUUUCACAAUAACUCAAUAAACAAAUUAGGUUCUUUUUUAAUAAA